UAUGCGCUCCUUCGGAGGUCACGUGAGUUCCCGGCUGUGGACACACCCCCUCCCCCCAGCAGGGGCGGGGCGAUAGAACGGCCAGUUUCCGGCCAAGAUGGCGGCGCCCGCGGUGCUGUGGCGAAGGAUCCGGGGUCCCGGGCUGAUGGCGCUGCUGGCCCGGCUGUGUGACCGGAACCGGGACCGAGGGGGCAGGACUCCGUUGUUUCUUCUGGCACCUCUUGUGGCUCCCUCCGUUCCACCGGUCACUACCCAACGCCCUCCGCCUCUCGGCUGCGUUUGCCCGCGAGGAGCGCACAGAUUCCAAUGGGUCGGGAGCCUGGUACCCGAAUUCGGCAUCUCCAGCUCCAGCGUGAAGAUUCUUUCCACUCCAACAGAGUUCUACCAGGUCAUGAAAGCCCAGGUGAAGACUGCUAAGAGGCGGAUAACUAUGGCAUCGCUGUACCUUGGGACCGGACCUCUGGAACAAGAGCUGGUGGACUGUAUAGAAGACGCGCUGAGCGGUACGGAGUCGGAAGACCUGCAGGUGUCUAUACUGCUGGACCACACCCGAGGAUCACGGGGUAAGAAGAAUUCCCGCAGCAUGUUGCUCCCUCUACUGCGUAAAUACCCGGACCGAGUGCGCGUGUCCCUCUUCCAUACGCCAAACUUACGUGGCCUCCUGCGAGCGCUGACACCGGAGAGGUUUAACGAGACCAUCGGCCUGCAGCACAUGAAGGUCUAUCUGUUUGAUGACAACGUCAUCCUUAGUGGAGCGAACCUCAGCGACUCGUAUUUCACCAACCGCCAAGACCGCUACUUCCUCCUGCAGGGCUGCACUCAGCUGGCCGACUUCUUUAGUGAACUGGUAGAGGCGGUCGGAGACGUGUCUCUGCAGCUACAGCCGGAUGAUACCAUGGAGGUAGAAGAAGGCAUGGAGCACCCUUAUCAAGGGAACAAGAAGAAGUAUUGUGAAGCCGCCAGAGAGCGGGUAAUGGACGUGAUAGAGACCGCCAGGCGCAAACAAUGUGAGCUACACAGCGCCAGCUUUCAGAGCGGGCAGCCUGCCCCAGAUUUGGACCCUCCGGAUACCUGGGUCUACCCGCUGGUGCAGAUGAAACCGUUUGGUAUCCAGAUAGACGAGCUGGUUACAGAAACAUUACUGACAGAGGCCGAGAGAGGAGACCGGCUGCAUCUGACCACUGGAUAUUUUAACCUGACACAGGGGUACAUGGACCUGGUAUUGGGCACCCGGGCUGACUAUAACAUUCUGCUCGCCUCCCCCCAAGUCAACGGCUUUUACGGGGCCCGGGGCAUCGCAGGGGCCAUACCAUCUGCCUACGUGCACAUAGAACAUCAGUUUUACAACGAACUCUGUAGGAAAAGACAGCACCAUCGGGUCCAGCUGCGGGAAUACUUUAGAGACCAAUGGACUUUUCAUGCUAAAGGUCUGUGGCUGUAUCCAGCAGGUAAAAGCAUGCCGUGCCUCACUCUCAUUGGCUCUCCAAAUUUCGGGUACAGGUCGGUCCACCGGGACUUGGAGACGCAGAUCGCGCUGGUGACCGAGAACCAGGACCUGCAGCGGCAGCUCCAUCAGGAGCAGCAAAGCCUGUACGAGCGAUCAAGUGAAGUGACUCCUUCUACUUUCCGGCACCCGAGCCGCUAUGUCAAGCUGUGGGUGAAACUGGUGACUCCCCUAAUAAAGAAUUUCUUCUGAAGCUCUGAUAGGACACUACUGAACAGCGGGAUGAAUAUUGGAAGGUUUCUGGAUAUCCUUGGGCUCCAGGUUGGCUCCCCGUUUACCCGACACUGAGAGAGGAGAAGGAAUCCGACGUUGCGGCUUCCAGUCUUCCUAAUCUCCCUUUUAUCCGUAGAACUACCUGCUAAGUGACACCUCUGUCAUCACGAGCGGCAAUGCAUGCAAGGCAAUAAAACAAAUCACACAAUGGCGCUGUGUUUAAAGUAAUUAGCGGUGAGCCUGGGCGGGAUGCCAUGUGGUUUGCAGGAAAAAAAAAAACCUCCGCCGCCAAUAAACAACGGGGCGGAUCGCUGCUGUCAGGAGCGCCGCGGCCCGAAGGGUCUUUUCUGUUGUCGUUUUACCCUGCGUGACGCUCCAAAGACUUUAUCUACAGCCAAUAAAAUUCUGCUUUGUAACGAA